ACAGGGUGUUUAACUAUGUCUUUUCUCAGGACUGUUUUAAACGAGUCUGUCAUCAUUCAUCCUCCGGGCUUCUAUAUUAUCGGAUUUCAGACAUUUCCCUACAUCAGCGUCUACUUUAUCUUUCUGGCAUUUGUCUAUGUGGUUACACUUGUGUUCAAUAUUUUAUUGAUGUCUAUAAUUGCCCUUGAUCACAAAUUACACACUCCAAAAUUUAUGGCUGUCAUCAACCUUGCAGUAAUUGAUGUCAUUUUGAACACAAGCACUAUCCCCAGCAUGAUUAAGGCUUUUCUCUUUAAGGACAAUUUUGUUCCAUUCAACCUAUGUCUGUUACAAAUGUAUGUCUACUAUGCUUUUGCAUCUUUGGAGUCAUUUGCGCUAGCUGUACUUGCCUACGACAGAUUGAUCGCAAUAUGUUUCCCUCUGCGUCAGAACUUGUUGAACACGCUGCCGAUCAUGUCUUGUAUUGUUGGCCUGACUUGGGUUUACUGUCUGGGAAGAGUAGCAUAUAGCACAGCAAUCAUGACUCGACUGUCUUUUUGCAAGUCUGUCAGAGUGUUCAGCUAUUUCUGUGACUAUGCCCCUGUGUUUAGACUCGCCUGUAAUGAUUACACAUUACAGUGGUCUGUGGCUUCAGCCUCUAGCAUGGCCAACCUGAUGGGCCCCUUUAGUUUUAUUGUUCUAUCCUAUGUCUGCAUCAUGGUGACUGUGUUCAGGAUGAAAUCUGUGAGCAGCAGGAUGAAAGCUCUCACCACUUGCAUUGAGCAUCUCAUACUCGUUGCUGCAUUUUAUAUUCCUAUAUUCAGCAUUUUCCUAAUUGGGCUGUAUGUGCAAGCCAUUGACCCAGACCAGCGUGUGCUGAGCCUGUCACUGGCCUCUUGCCUUCCACCCUCCAUCAAUCCUAUUGUAUAUUCACUGAAAACAAAACAGAUCAGAAACAGAGCCCUGGCACUGGUCUGGAGAAUGAAAACAAACCCUUGA